CGCCCUCAGCGCCCUCCCCUCCCUCAAUGAGUCCUCCGCAUCCCUGGCCGCCAGCAACGCGAAAGCAAGUGCUUUACGUGACUCCUCAAGCAUUCAGGUCUGCACCGGCCACAUCACAUGACUACACUGCAGUACUCCGUGUCAGAGCAACACAGGGUUCAAAGAUGCUGACUAGGAAGAUUAAGCUGUGGGACAUCAAUGCUCACAUCACAUGUCGUCUGUGCAACGGAUAUUUGAUUGAUGCCACCACCGUCACAGAGUGCCUACAUACCUUCUGUAGGAGCUGCCUGGUAAAAUAUCUGGAAGAGAACAACACCUGUCCCACCUGCAGGAUUGUCAUUCACCAGAGUCACCCACUGCAAUAUAUAGGACAUGACCGAACAAUGCAAGAUAUCGUCUACAAACUUGUGCCUGGUCUCCAAGAAGCGGAGUUAACAAAACAAAAAGACUUUUAUCAGAAACUUGGCCUUGAAAUGCCUGGAGAGGUCAAAGGUGAGACCUGCACAGCUAAACAACAGUUAGAUCCACUACAUGACGGUGAAACAAAUAAUGAAGAUGAUGCAAAUAAACAGAAAACAGAUGAAAAACCAGAAGAAGAAAAUGAUUAUCACAGGAAUGAUGAACAGGUAAGCAUCUGUUUGGAAUGCAAUAGCAGUAAGCUCCGUGGCUUGAAGAGGAAGUGGAUUCGCUGUUCAGCUCAGGCUACAGUUCUGCACCUGAAGAAAUUUAUUGCCAAAAAACUCAACCUAUCAUCAUUUAAUGAGCUGGAUAUACUAUGCAAUGAAGAAAUCCUUGGCAAGGACCACACUCUGAAAUUUGUUGUUGUUACGCGAUGGAGAUUUAAGAAAUCACCCCUCCUGCUGCAUUAUAGGCCUAAAAUGGACCUGCUAUGACAUCAAUUUUUAAAUGACAGCAGAACUUCAUAAGGUGCAACUUUUGCAGAGACUAUCACCCAGCACUCAGUCAAUGCAUCACUGGAUCUAGCAUGUGGCACAAACCAGCAAACACACACCGGAUCAGAAGUACUGUUCUACUGGGACUGGCACAACAAGAUCUGCUUCUGUGCUGUCUUCUCAAAAUUGUGUUGGAAUCGCUCAUGUUUAAGUGGGUUUACAGUCAUAAUAUAUUACAAAAAGGAUCAAAUGAAAUUGCACCAAGACACUUUUAUACCUGGUUUCUAAAAAAUUGCAGUGUCAUGAAUUUGAUGUGUUAGAAGGCUUUGUUAUUGUGGGCACAAAAAUCCUUUAUAGUUUACAUUUAUGACUUUUGCUUUAUCUUAGUAACUUGGUGAACCUACACGUAAUUUUAAACCAUUUUAAUUAUGCAGUUUAUUAAGCUCUCGGUCACUUUGGCUUUCUUAUUAAAAGGGCCGUUGGGAUGGUUUAUAUGGGUGCAGUGUAACACUUAAUGGUAUUUUUUAAGAAAAAUAAAAGCAGCUUUUUUUUUACACUACCGAUUGCACAGCAAGGUGCAGUUCUGGAAUAAAACGGGUAGUGUAAUCACUGCUGGUUUGCACACUUUAGAAAGGUACUGGCACAGAAUUCUGCCUCUCAAGAGGUGGGUUUCCUGCUACUGUUACUGUGGAGGUGCAGCACUAGUGUGACCGCUGUUUUACAGUCUCAUCAGAAUUGAUCUAGUAGCAAAAUUCAAGAUUGCCUGGAAAAUGGUCCCUGUUUGUAUCUGCCCAAUCUUAUAAAAACAAUCAUCAUUAAUGAACUUCAGAAGUCUGUGUGGAGCAGAGUAAGCGGGGCAGCUCUGAUAGUCAUCUGUGUUUACCUCCGCAAUUUUACACGAGUUACAAAUGUGAACACUGCCCUUGUGAAGAACCAUCCUCUAGAAAUUUAUCUCACUCAUUCACAAUUUCCUUCCCAUUGUGCAAACAAAACCUUUCAAGUAAAAAUCGCACAUAAACAAUAUCAGUACAGAUUUUCUUUGCUUGUAUUGUAUCAUUUACUAGGUACAGUUAUCUUCUGUCAGAUCUUUCUCAAUGAUGGUUUUACUUAAAGAAUAUUCUCAGGAGAGGUGGUAUACUUGUCUAAGCAUAAAAAUUCUAGUUAAUGUGAUGAAAAUAAUUUUGAGGGAUUGAAAAUAAUGUUUACUGUACACAUAUAAAUAACCAGAAAUGUUAAACCCCUCUCCCCAUUCCUUUGUCUAUUCACCACCUAAACCACAAUAGUAUAUUUUCAUAUAAAAUGUUUGGUAGAAAA